AUGAAAUUCAGUUUGUCGUCAAAUGUAAAACUCUGUGAAGCUUAUGAAGCUUAUUUUAAUCUUCCCAUUCGAAGUCAAGAUAAAAUAUGGGCACCUAAAUUCUCAUGUAGUUACUGCAAAAACACAUUAGAAGCUUGGUAUCGAGGAGAAAAAAAAAGUAUGAAGUUUGCAGUACCAAGAAUAUGGAGGGAGCCCACUAAUCACAUCAGUGAUUGCUACUUUUGUCUUGUCAAUCCACGUAAGCGUCGGGCUGGCAAAAAUGCCAAAAAGAUUCAGUACCCAGAAUUGCCAUCAACAACCGCUCCGGUACCCCACAGUGAACAUUUUCCUGUGCCUUCUCGUUCCAAUUUGAAGGAAGAGCUCCCGCUAUCACAAGAUUGUAGUAGUAGCGAAGGCAGCGAAUUCUUAAUCAAAUCAGUGUCUGUUGAACCACAUCUUAUUAAUUCAGAAGAGUUUAAUGAUUUAGUAAGAGACUUAAACCUACCUAAAAUUAAAGCAGAAAUAUUAGCUUCACGGCUAAAACAGUGGAAUUUGCUCAAGCAGGAUGUUAAUAUAAGUGAUCAAAGAAAGCGUCAUGAAAUAUUUUCUGGAUUUUUUACAAAGAAAGACGGACUGUGUUAUUGCAAUGACGUGAAAGGUUUAUUUGAUGCGAUCGGAAUCCCUUGUGUUUCUUCUGAGUGGCGUCUUUUCAUCGACAGCUCUACAAAAAGUUUAAAAGCAGUCCUCCUUCACAAUGGAAAUAAAUUUCCAUCACUACCUUUGGCUCAUUCUGCAAUGCUCAAAGAAAAUUACGAAAGCGUUAAAAUGGUGCUUCAAACUUUAAAGUAUGAAGAGUAUGCUUGGCCAGUUAUAGGGGAUUUCAAGAUGGUAGGUUUUCUGGUGGGUAUGCAAGGCGGAUACACUAAAUAUUAA